AUGUCGUCACCAGAAUGGACACAUCAGUUGACCCAUUCCAAUACUAAGCGGCGUGCCUCCACGGUGUUUGGCUCUGUUGGAAAACAGGGUCUUUUUGUUCCUUCUGACUUUUUGCACCAAUCUGAAGACAAAUCGCUGGCAAUCGACGACGAGGAGAUAACUCAACCUCUUUUGCCACCAUUUCCUCGUGAAUCAGAUCGUAGAAGAUCUAGCUACUCCGCGAUAGCCAUAGACGAAGAAAGAGAGAUUUUGAGAUCGCAUCAUAUCAAAGUGGAUAAUCGCAAUGAUGAGUACAUAGCGUCGACAUUCGAGGACGCCGUGCAGAAUGGUAAACUAAAGACGACAAGCAGAUCACUUGAAUUGGCUUCAUUGAUAAGAUCUUCCAUCCCGCUUGUGUGUACCUUUCUUUUGCAGAACUCCCUAUCUACUGUCUCAGUUUUCAGUGUUGGCCACCUAGGCGCGGUUGAGUUGGCAGCUGUCUCCAUGGGCUCAAUGACAGCCAAUAUAACCGGUUAUGCAACCAUCCAGGGUAUAGCAACUGCUUUAGAUACGCUAUGCCCGCAAGCCUUUGGUGCUGGAAGGUAUCAACUAGUUGGCGAUUACAUGCAGAAAUGCAUUGCUUUGAUAUUCACCUUGAUUAUUCCACUUCUCAUUGUUUGGAUUUUCUUUGGUUACCAAUUGAUCACCCUACUCCUCCCAGAUAGAUCAACAGCGUACCUCGCAGCUAUGUAUCUCAAGUAUAUCAGUUUUGGUAUACCUGCUUACGUUCUUUUCGAAUGUGGCAAGCGCUUCCUACAAGCUCAGGGAAUUUAUCAUGUUGCCACUUAUGUCUUGCUUUUCGCGGCACCCUUAAAUCUUGCGAUGAACAUCGUAUUCGUGCGGCUUUACGGCUACUUGGGGGCUCCGGUAGCUGUAGCAAUCAAUUACUGGUUGAUGGCCAUUGGACUACUUAUUGGAACAAUGCUUCUAGAUGAAAGAUCCACCAACACAGGUAUUCAUCCAUCGAAGUGCUGGAAUGGCUUUCAGUUCCGUAAAUCUUUUCAAGGUUGGCGCAAGUUGGUGAGUCUUGCUGUUCCCGGAUGGGUGAUGUUGGAGGCCGAGUUCCUUGCCUUCGAGAUUUUGACACUUAUGGCGUCCUACCUCGGCACCUACGAAUUAGCUGCGCAAUCGAUUGGCUCUACAAUGGCUUCUCUCACUUACCAGGUUCCCUUCGCAAUGGGUAUAGCGGCAUCAACGAGGAUUGCGAAUUACCUUGGUGCUGGCCUCGCUAAUUGUGCUCAAGUAACAGGCGAAGUUGCAUUGCUCUUCGGGUUUGCAGUUUCGCUCAUUAAUUUCUUAGCGUUGUAUACCUUACAAAGGCCGAUCGCCAUCCUUUUCACAAACGAUGAAAGUGUGAUAUCCUUGUUACAUGACAUCAUGUGGCUUGUGGCUUUGAUGCAAGUUUCUGAUGCGAUGAACGCUAAUUCUGCUGGAUGCUCGAACAUCUGA